CACGUGAUAAACAGCAGGUUACCUACGCCUCCCUCCACCAGGAAACAACGUUGGACGGACAAAGCAUCCGAAUCAGCUCGGUCCUUUAUCGGUUUGUCUUCAUCAAAACAAGAUGAAGAAGUUAUUGUUGUUUCUCCUUUUCUGUCACGGUUCAUCAUCAGUCAAACACUCCCUGAAGUAUUUCGUCACUGCAUCUUCUGGACUCCCAAACUUCCCUGAGGUUGCAGGUGUUGCACUGGUCGAUGACACGCUUGUCGGUUACUGCGACACCAACACACAGAGAGCAGAACCAAAACAGGAGUGGAUGAAAUUUUAUUUUGAAAAGAAUCCUCAGCAUCUGGAGUGGUACAAUGGAGAGUGUUUCCAGGGAAACCCUAACUUCUUCAAAGCCAGUAUUUAUAGUUUUAAGCAGCGCUUCAACCAAACUGGAGAUGUCCACAUUCUCCAGAGGCUAAGUGGCUGUGAAUGGGAUGAAAAGACUGGAGACGUUAUUGGUUUUAAUCAGUAUGGUUAUGAUGGAGAAGACUUCAUAUCAUUGGACCUGAAGACAGGGACAUGGAUCGCUCCAAAACCACAGGCUGUCCUCACCAAACUGAGUUGGGAUGCUGACAAAGGGAGAAUAAAACGCAAUGAGAACUUCUUCUUUCAGAUUUGUCCUGAGUGGCUGAAGACCUAUGUGAACUAUGGGAAGAGCUCUCUGCUGAAAACAGAGCGUCCCUCAGUGUCUCUCCUCCAGAAGACUCCCUCCUCUCCACUCAGCUGCCACGCUACAGGUUUCUACCCUGACAGAGCCGAGAUGCUCUGGAGGAAAGAUGGAGAGGAGCUUCAUGAGGACGUGGAGCACGGAGAGAUCCUCCCCAACCAUGAUGGAACCUUCCAGAUGAGUGUUGACCUGAACAUUUCAUCAGUCACACCUGAAGACUGGGGGAGGUAUGAAUGUGUGUUUCAUCUCUCUGGUGUGAAGGAGGACAUCUACACCAAACUGGACAAAGCAGUGAUCAGGACCAAUGAAGUUCCUCCAUCAGAGUCUCCUCCUGGUUCUGUCAUUGGAGUUGUUGUUGUUGUUGUACUACUGAUCCUGGCAAUCUGCAUCUCUGGACUCUUCAUCUGGAGAAAGAACAAAAAUGGGUUCAGACCUACAAACACUUCAGACUCUUCACCUUCAUCGCUCCAAGAUGCAGCUUCUGACUGAUCACAGUGAUUUCUGCAUCAUGUCCAUUAUUCUGUGAAGAUAUUCGGUAAAUGAAAGGAACAUAUUUAUAGUAUACUGGUCUUUGUCAAACCACUAAGAUUUAAAUUAAAAAAAUACUUUGUAUGAUAAGUAAUUAUGUAUAUGUAAUUAAUUCACAGAAUGUAAAUAUGUUUAAUAAUAAAUUACACCUUUCAGAUGUCACAGGUAACCAUGAAUAUUAAAUCCCUGUUGAUAUACUUCAAUACUGUUUCACUUUGUUCCACACACACAACACUUUUCAAUUUCAAAUGUGCAGUUAAAUUAGUAUGAAUGUGAACCAAU